AUGACUUCCAUGGAGAUGUCCCUCGACGAUAUCAUCGCCGCCCGCCCAAAAACCAGUCGUCGCCCCUCCCAACGUGGCAAAGGCCGUGCCCAAAUCCUCGGCACUGCUGGCGUCAGCCCAGUUACCAAGGCUCGCGCAAAAGCGGCUGUUGCUGCAAAGACGGCUGCUGCCCCAGCUCAAACUACCGCCGAGAAAAUCAUUGUCUCCAACCUCCCGAGCGAUGUCAAUGAAAGCCAGGUCAAGGAACUCUUCCAGACCACCGUCGGCCCUCUUCGCGAAGUCACUCUUCAUUAUGACUCGGCUGGACGCUCCAAGGGUGUUGCCACUGUCGUCUUCUCCAAGAAAGGCGACGGUAACAAGGCGCACACCCAGUACAACAACCGACUCAUCGAUGGCAGACGGCCAAUGAAGAUCGAAAUUGUGAUGGACCCUGGCAAGGCACCUGCCCCAUCGCUCGCCUCGAGAGUGGCCCCGGCUCCGGCUGCAAAAGGCGCUGCAACGGCUGUUAGGACCCCAUCGACUCGUGGACGCGGAGCUAGACGUGGACGUGGCGGCGCUCGCCCCCCAAAGGCAGAAAGAACCCCCAAGACGGCUGCCGAUUUGGACGCUGAAAUGGAGGACUACACUGCGGCGACAACUGCACCUGCGGCGGCGGCGUGA